UAUAAGCCUGAUUUGUCGAUAGAUCUGAAGAAGCAUCAUACUCCAUGCACAUUGAUGGAUAAAUUGGCAUUGUGGACGGUGAAAUUGCUUCGAUUGCCUACCGAUAUCUUCUUUAAGAAAAGGUAUGGAUGCCGUGCUGUAAUGCUCGAAACAGUAGCAGCAGUCCCCGGCAUGGUAGGCGGAAUGCUCCUACACCUCCGCUCCCUCCGCCGCUUCGAGCACAGCGGGGGAUGGAUACGCGCUCUAAUGGAAGAAGCCGAAAACGAACGCAUGCACCUAAUGACCUUCAUGGAGGUUUCCCAGCCACAAUGGUACGAGCGCCUCCUCGUCAUCACGGUCCAAGGCAUUUUCUACAACGCGUACUUCCUUGGCUACAUGAUCUCUCCAAAGUUUGCCCAUCGAGUCGUUGGGUAUUUAGAAGAGGAGGCCAUCUAUUCAUAUACUGCGUUUUUGAAGGAGAUUGACGCUGGGGCUAUUGAGAAUGGACCCGCGCCGGCGAUUGCCAUCGAUUAUUGGAGGUUGCCCAAGGAUGCGAGGCUCAGGGAUGUUGUGAUUGUGAUUCGGGCUGAUGAGGCUCAUCAUAGAGAUGUGAAUCAUUUUGCCUCGGAUAUUCACUGUCAAGGGCAGCAGCUGAUGCAGUGGUCAGCACCAAUUGGGUACCACUGAGGCUUGCUUUUUUCCUCUUAGAUUUCGCACGAGGAAACUGAGUUUCUUCGUGGAAUUUAAUAAUUUUAUGUGAUCAUAUGCUGAGUUAAGUAGUAUGAGAACCUGAGAAUAAUAAUGUGUCUAUGCGAGCGAGCAUUAAAGCUUGUAGAAAAGAAAAAUCAUGUCUCUAGAUUUCUGGGUUCAAUUGCUUUUUCGAAA